GACGACGUCAAGUCCGCGGCGAAUGCCAUGAACGAUCGAGGCGCCGACCUCAACUUCGAGGUCUCGGUGGUCGAAGGCGAUGAGCUGGAGGACGGACUUAUGUCCCCGAAGGUUAGGGACACACUCAUGGGCGCCAAAAACGCUGCUUAUGGAGAAGACGACACACCUGCACGCCCCGUGGGUCUGUGCGGCUGCUUCAGCUUGGCGUUCUACCAACCGUACUUCAAUGUCGACACGUCGGAUGUUCAGCAGCGUCUCAUGCGAGCGCUGGUGCCGUUCAAGAAGGACCCUACGUUUGCUGAGCUGGCACUGAAGUCCCCCGAUGCGUAUGGUCCGUUUUGGCUCUCCACGACACUUAUCUUCUGCCUGGCGUCGUGCAGUAAUGCAGCGUCCUUCUUGGACUACGAAGGCAACGCAGACGAGUGGUCAUACGACUUCAGUCGCCUGGCCUCUGCCUACACAUUAGUGGAGAUCUUUUUACUGGGCCUGCCCAUGCUGAUCUGGCUAGUUGGCAAGUACUUCCAAGUGCCGAUGACGCUGCUCUUCCUCGUGUGUCUGUACGGCUACUCCUCGAUCAUGUUCAUCCCAGCAGCGAUAUUGUGCGUUUCACCGGUCGACGGCUUGGAUUGGGUAGUGAUGCUGAUUGCCAUGGCGUGGUCGCUCUACUUCCUGCUCUACAACCUCUGGCACGUCAUUUCGGAGCAUUUGACGAAGGAGAAGAUGCUACCAGUACUGGCCGUUAUCAGCGGAGCGCACAUGAUGUGGGCCAUUCUUUUGAAGCUUCUGUUCUUUUAG